AAAGAAGUUUUCAAAAUUGCUAAAGUUCCUAAAUACCUGCGGUAGCUCCUCUUCCUUCAUGUCUUUAAAGUGUCCAGUAUCAAAUGGCGCACGGUAAUACAAUGGAGCUUGUUCCAUGGAUUCCCUUUGUGACCAUUUGAGGGAUUACAGAUCCAAAUGCCGGAAACAUCAGACCCAACUUCCCCAAACCCAACUUUUUCAAACCCAGCUUUUCUAAACCUUAACACGCAUCCCUCUCGUCGUGGUUUUCCCCUACUUGGCUCAUCACUAUGAUAUUUGAUAUUGACGUGUACACUCACCCAGAAACCUCAGCCUCUUUGAAGGACGAAUUAUCUCUACUCAACGAACAGAUAAGAAUUGUUGAAGGGCUUGAGCAUGCCAGAGCCCGUCUUCUGGCCAACUCUAAGUUGGAGUCCAAUACUAUUGAAGUGCGAUGUGUUCAUACGCCAUGCCAAUGAAAGUACCCCUGGCAGUAACUUCGACCUUGAAAUCUGUAAGCUAAGCCUGGACGAGCUGGCUUUCUGCUCUAUUAGUUUCGAAGAUAGGCGCCUCAAACAUGUGGUUCACCAUUUCAAAACAGCGAAUAUCUAGAAGUAUAUGACGACAAUACACGUCUCAUGCCUUGAACGGCAGAAAAUUUUCAGACGACUAAACCGUUUAUACGCUGAAUCUGAGGGGAAACCAUUUAAAAAGAUUUACUCGGCUGCCUAUAUAGUAUACAACAAUUUUUUGGCUGAGGACUCUAUGGAAUCGAAUAAAA